AAUGCACUAAUAUAAGCAAAAUAAUUAGGCAAGCAGAUGAGCUAUUGUUUUAUUAACCACACUAGAUGGUGUCGAAAAACUCAACUUGUAAAAGACUUUUUGAUCCUCUCUUCUAGGGAUAAUGGAUUAAAAACUCAUAAGUAACGCAGUAAGCAGGUAGCACAGUUAUUAUAAAUUCUUUCCUAAAAGUUUAACAUUAAAAAAUCUAAAUUUAACACAAGCAAUAAUUACACUUUAAUCUGAAAUAGAGAAUUUACAAAACUAGCAUCUCAAGUCAGGAGUUUCAAAAUUGUCUCUUUGGUGGGUAUUUUGAAGUUCGAGGCAGCGUAGUAAUAUGUCGUAACUGUUGAUCAAAUUACUUGAGAAUAUGAAAAUAUCGUACUCGUUGACGAAGGAUGGAAUUCAAACUUUGCAUUUAUGAUAAAGUCUCAACUUGAACUCCAACCAAGUCCAAUUCUUUGGCUGUCUGUCAUGUUUAACAAUUUGUGCUUUCAAAAAUUUUUAUUUAAUCUUGCAAAACUAGGAUGAUGGAUUGAAAAUUGAACACUAAU